GGGGCGGAGUUAGGCACAAAACAAUAUGGCGGAAGUUUACUGACUGACUGAACUUUUGAGAAGACAGAGCAUUUAUUUACUUCAGUAUUUUGUUGAAUUUUGAAUGAAUCGAUGGAAAUUUGAUUUAUAUAACUGCAAACGUUCUUGUCAAAAGAUGAAGCGAUAUGUUUUCUUCUGGGGUUCUUUACUUCUGCAGGUAAUCGCCUGCACUCUUAUACAUUUUUUAGGGAAGAAAGUUUUUAUCUCAGAGAAACUGAGCCUGUAUUCUAAAUACCGAGGUCAUUCAAACGACAUUCAUACAACAGUAAAAUCGUCAUGGACUAAAAGAAAUCCCAAACGACUUGUCCGAGAUGUCAACUGUGCGGCAAUCUUGAACGGUGACAUGUCAGAAAUCAAAAAAGCAAAAGAAUUAAUGAGGAAUGGGAAUCACUCGCGAAAACUGAUUGCAGAUAAAGAGUAUAUUCAGCUUACAACAAAAUGUGAUAGUUUUAAAAGCAUUAGAGGAUAUGAUAACAACUUUGCCUCAGUGGAAGAAGAAGCCUUUCCUAUUGCUUAUAGCAUUUUGCUUUAUAAAAACGUAGAACAGGCUGAGAGAUUACUACGCGCAAUUUAUACACCACAGAACUACUUUUGUUUGCACGUUGAUGCAGAUUCUAAACAAGAAGUACAUGAUGCCGUUCAGGGAAUUGCAAAUUGUUUUGAUAACGUUUUUGUUGUUUCUAGAAAAGAAUACAUAGUCUACGCGGGUUUCACGCGGUUACAAGCAGACUUGAAUUGUAUGGAGAAUUUGCUACAACGUGGAAAAGAUUGGAAAUACUUUAUAAAUUUGCCAAGUCAAGAAUAUCCUUUAAAAACAAACAAAGAAAUAGUGAAAAUAUUGAAAAUUUAUAAUGGAGCAAACGAUAUUCAAGGCACGACUGGCAAACAUGUGUUAGAACAAAGAUAUAAACAUCGUUUUGCUUAUAACUAUAUCAGUGAUACUGCCAAACCAAAGUUAUAUAAAACAUUGCAGACCAAAGACGAUCCUCCGCCAUAUAACAUCACCGUGAUCAAAGGAAGUGCUUAUGGUAUUUUUAGUCGGGACUUUGUAUAUUUUGCAGUAAAUAAUAAAAUUGCACGAGCAUUACUGGACUGGUUUAGAGAUGUUUACAGUCCCGAUGAGUAUUACUGGGCGACCUUGAACUUCAAUCAUCACAUUGGAACACCUGGCUCGUAUUACAAAGGCAAACCCGAUGAAAAACCUUGGCUGGCAGCUUUUUCCAUUUGGGGUCGCCGAAGUCCAUGCCAAGGUAAAGUUGUGCGUGAAGUUUGUGUGUUUGGCGUCGGCGAUUUAAAGACCCUUACCAGUAGACAUAAUCUCUUCGCAAACAAAUUCCAUAUAGAUUACCAAAGGUAUGCUUUAGACUGUAUGGAAGAAUGGCACUUCAACAGAACUGCAGAAGGAAACCUUGGAAAAUUUAAUAUGUCUUACUAUAAGUCACUUCCAUUCAUAAAGAAAAAUUCUGACACGAUUCGCAGCAAUUGCUAUAUAAACAUAUAGCGAAAUCGCCUAUACAUGAAUCUACGAUAAAAUAUGGUUGGCUGUUACAUUUCAUCCCCCUAUGAUUGUAACAUAAGAGAUUCUACUUCAGUUCCAUUACAUACGAAUUAUUUCAGGGCCAAACGGUUGAAAACAGCAUUUCAAAAACAUAAAUAUAAUAAAAAGUCAUACUGACUUAUGUGUAGGUCCGUAAAACACGUUCUGAUCUCUACCAGCGAAUUCAAUUAGCUUAAUUAUGAUUCAGCGGUGACGUCAUAAAUGUAUGACAUAAAGUAUGACGUCAUUAUGAUGUGACGUCAUAUAAAAGUUAAGCUUGUCACUCGUAACACAGGGUCAACUCGCCUAAUUUGAUAAUUCUGUUCAUAACUAGUUUGCGAGCUGUUAGAUUACUAAUUUAAGGAUACUUCUCAAAAUUCUGAUAAAAAGAAACAAAUAUCUAUACGUUCCAUCGGCUAUGCAACACUUUCUAACCAUAGGGGGUAAAUUGUAACAGCAUAUGACCCGAAUGACGUAUAUUACGCUGAAAAUGUAGUAGAUCUACUGUAAAAUGCGAAUUAUUUGCGUUGUUAGAAUCGAAAUAAUAAAUAUGUUCCAAUAAUUUUAUAAAUUAAUAAAACAUGGGAAGUCGUUUGGAUGCGAAUAAUUAAAUCACUCGUGCUACGCACUCGUGAUUUAAUUAUUACGCAUCCAAACUCCUGCCCAUAUUUUAUUAACUGAUAAAAUAUAGGAACAGAUUUAUUAUUUCUUAAUUCAGUGAGAUAUCACAACUGGAAUUAGUGUUCGGAUAGAGGGACUAAGUACAGAAAAAGGUACAGAGUCGCCACAAUAUUCAGCAGUGGCCAUGUGUCAACAAAUGUAAGUGAACUUCAGACAGCACGGCUCAUAAAUCUUGAAAUGUAGCCGAACUAGAGAUUCCUGAUAUUAUACGUAAACAACGCAAGACAGCAUCGAGAAUUUGGCACUGACAUCGAAGAUCGAAAAUCGAAAUUAAAUUUCUUUAAACUUUAAGCUUUAAACUUCGACCCAGCUCGAAGAUUGAAACUCAACAUCAACUAUUAAUUUCGUGCUAGCUUUGAACUUCUAGCCAGCUCUAAGAUCAAAUUUCAACAUUGAAUUUCGAGCUGGAAUUGAUUUUCGAACCAGCUCAAAGAUCGAAAUUCAGAUUUUUUCAAAAAGUUGAAUUUCGAGCUGGGGUUGAAUUAAAGUCAGCUCAAAGAUCGAAAUUCAGAUUUUUUUCCACAAAGUUGAAUUUCGAGCUGGGGUUGAAUUUCGGGCCAGCUCGAAGAUCGAAACUCAGAUUUUUUUACAAAGUCAAAUUUCGAGCUGGGGUUGAAUCUCGAGCAAUUUAUUUUUCAAAAAGUGUAAUUUGGAGCUGGGGUUGCAUUUCGAGCCAGCUCGAAGAUCAAAAAUCAGAUUUUUUUAAAAAAUUGAAUUUCGAGCUGGGGUUGCAUUUCGAGCCAGCUCAAAGAUCGAGAUUCAGAUUUUUGUAACAAAGUUGAAUUUCGAGCUGGGGUUGAAUUUAAGGCCAGCUCGAAGAUCAAAAUUCAGAUUUUUUCAAAAAAAUUGAAUUUCGAGCUGGGGUUGCAUUUCGGGCCAGCUCGAAGAUCGAAAUUUAAAUUGUCAAAAAGUUGAAUUUUUGAGCUUGGGCUAAAUUUCGAGCCGACUCGAAGGUCCAAUUCAAAUUUUCACAAAAUCGAAUUUCGAGCUGGGGUUGAAUUUCGAGCCAACUUGUGAAACCAAUCUGAAUUUCGGUCUUCGAGUUGACUCGAAAUUCAAUCACAGCUCGAAAUUCAAUUAAGUAGAACAAAAAUCUGAAUUUCGAUCUUCGAACUAGCUCGAAAUUCAACCCCAGCUUGAAAUUCAUCUUUGUGAAAAAAAAAUCUGAAUUUCGAUCUUCGAGCUGGCUCGAAAUUCAACCCCAGCUCGAAAUUCAACUAUGUGAAAAAAACUAAAUUUCGAUCUUCGAUCUGGUCUGAAAUUCAAUCCCAGCUUGAUAUUCAACUUUUUGAAAACUUGAAUUUCGAUCUUCGAGCUGGCUCGAAAUUCAACCGUGAAAUUGCCACAGUACCGCGGAUGCGCAGGCUGGUCUGGAUCCAUGCUGGUCGCAAACCAACUGUGUUUUCUCAUGGCGCGGCUCAUUUAUAGGGGAUUUGUAAAUAUAAAUGUAUUCCAAAUUUUAUUGUAGAUGGGCGGGGUAGUUGAUUACCUCUAAUGAACAGACUAAGUUUAACACAUUUUGCCAUUAUUUUUCACGGUUGCGUUCAUUCCAAGGCUCAUAGAAUUUUAUUGAUUCUUUAAGAGUCGUAUGGCAGCCGUUACGCCUUCAUUGUUAAUAUAUUAUAAUUCCACACUAACCAGUGCUAGAGGGGAGCGAGGUGUAAACGUGAAGAAGGUUGCAUAGCUCUAAGUGGUUUAUUUUUUGCAUAAUUCUGGAUUUCUGUCACGUACAAAUUUGCUGAAAUGCACUCAGAAAAAUAACUAUAUUCCAAUUUAGCUGUAGCUUAAAGGCUAAGGAAAGCCUGGCAAUAAAUUAAUAAAUUAAGUUUUCCUCGAGCUACUCAUAACUCUGAAAGAAUUUUUAAAAUCGGACCACUAUUGAAAAAGGUAUGGCAGUUUGAAAUUUAAGAAAAUGGCUGAUCAUGGAGGCAGCCAUUUUAAUGUGUAUAUGACGUCAUUUACACACAGUUGAAUUUUUAUUUAGCAGAAAACCUUUUAAAUAGAUUAAGUUUCAUAUAUUUCUUGUGUGUAUAGUGUGAAACAUGAACAUUUCUUCCAUUAAUGCUGGAAAAGGUAGAUAAAUUAUUUUACAGAAAUAAGUAAAGCAUGAUGUCACAGUUCAAAUUUAAUAGUCCCGCUAUUUUUUGAUGCCAUGGAAACAAAAUGGCAGCUAAACUUGACCAAAUAUUAAAAUUGUCAUAACUUUCUCAUUUUUACCUCGAUUUUGAAAAUUCCUUCACUUCUUUAAAUUAUUUAAGAAAUCCCAGCAGACGAAAUUAACGUUAAGAACAAGCUUGCCUUUCCCUUUAAUGUUUGCCAUCAUUUUAUUCAAGAAUAGCUAUAGUUCUCUUACCAGUGUAAACCUAAAAUUAUGUGAUCUGAAUGUGCUUUCGGAAAAUAAAAGAAGACCAACUGGUGCCAAGUAAACUGCUAACUUUGUGUAAUCUUUUUGUUUGAAAUUACAGUCACCUUUUUAUAGGUCCAUGAAGGUGGCAGUGGGUUAGACAUUAGACAUUCAGAUAGACAUUCGAAACGAAUGCAUAUCUGAUAGACAUUAGACAUUUACUUAGGCAUUCGAAAAAAUUAAGUCGAAUUCAUAUCUGAUAGACAUUCGGAUAGACAUUGGAAUGUAGGAGGACCUGUUUCAGUGACUGACCUGUUUCAGUGACCUUCUGAAAAUCUGCUGCCAUUUCCAAGUGCAAUAUUUUAGGCAACUAAUUAUAGAAGGGUUGUUAACAGUAACAUUUCAGCUUUCGAUACGCUCAAAGAAAAUGUUGUGCUGACAAUGACAGUUUGGUAGCAUUGUUGUUUCCAUGGCAUCCCGAAUUAUGAGACAAUUUUCUUAUUACCUUUUUAUGCUCUCAAAAUUCUGAUCUAGCUCUUUGGUUUAUAAGGAAUAUUUUGAUUUGUUUUCUGUUUUGAUGGAAAUGUCAUCUUGUUUUCUGUCUGAUUUUUAUGCAGAUAAAACAGUCUAACAAUUGCUUGUAGGAAAUACACAGCUUUGAAAUCCAUGAUUGACGUAUAUAUUUUUUAACCAGAAAUUAUAGCCAAUCUGAAAAAUGACAUCCAGCUUUCGCUUCUGAUACUGUUGACAAGAUGUGGUCAGUUUCCAUAUUUUAUCAAAUGAGAUAAAUAGCAUUUUGGCGAAUAAUACAACACAGUAUGUUUGAAUAGUACCAACAGGUGUGUAUAUACAUUAUGUUUUUUUGUAAAGAAAAAAUGAUAUAAAAGGCUCGCAAUCAUCUUUCGCAAACUAUCUUUAUUUAAUUGAAGUUGUUUCCCUUAGAUCUAGUAAAACGAACCUGAAAAUUCAUUUUAUAUGACGCACAUAAAAUGCUAUCUGGCAGAAGUAGACUCCUGUAAACAAAUGAUAAAGACAAUAACAAAAACAAAAUACUUCCGUUACAUUGUGGAACUUGUGGGGAAAAAAAAACAAGAUCCAUACUACGGCUGUCCAAAUUAAAAUGUUCAUAACUACUUAUGUCCUCUCUUAUGCCAGAGUCACGUCUUGCAAGAAACAACACUUUGCGCUACAUUACUAUUUUUCGGCGACGCCGUCUAAAUUCGUUUUCGUUACCUAUGCCACGUGACUUCAGUUUGCAAAUCAAACUACUUCAUUACACAUUAUAGAUAAUUUAUCAAAAUGGAAGAUUUAUGCAACACUCUGCCUGAUUGGACGAGAGUGUCAAUUUCUUUCACUCUGUUGAUUGUGCUACGCUGAGUGAAAUGUAGACAAAGCGUUUAUCCUAAACGACGCUGUUCACAGUUUUAAAGCUAACUUUGGCUCAGUAUAUUUAGCAAGAAUAUUGAUAUAUCUCAAAAUGAUAAGUAAGUUUAAUAAAUAUGAUAAAAACCUGUUCAAAUACCAACAUAUAUCAAAUUAAAGAAAGAGCUGAAUACGGUCUGCGUAUCACAUGAAUCAGGGUGUGAUAAGAGUCUUUUAUGUAGAGAAGUGCUUUUUAAAAGAUUUUCCUUGUUACAAUUGUCGUCUGUAUAUGAAAAGGUUUCUUGCUUUUGUGACUUAUUCAGAUUGCAUAUUAAAAUGAGUACUUGUUUGCUUUGA